AUGUCCUCGUUCGCAUACGACGAACACUCGGACAGCGAGGUCCCCACCGACACUGCGCCAACGUCCAUCUCUGAAAAGCACAGCAGCAGCGACAUGAGCACCGCCCUCGCCGACCUCCGGACAGAGCUCACGGCCGCAAACGAGGCACGCCAGGCAUCAGAGACACGCGUAAACGUCCUCGAGACCGAACUGGCACGCUUCAAGGACCAACAUGCCUUUGCCACCGCUUCGAAAGAGGCCAUCCAGAACCAGCUCCGCGAGGAGACGGCACGCCGUGAGGCCGCAGAGGAUAAAGUGGAGCUGUUGCGCGGCCAGGUCGAGUCGGCACGGCGGACGGUCAUGCAGCUCCAGAAACAAGAACAGGAGCGCGCCGCUCGCCGCCAGAGCAUUGGUCGCGACGAAGAAGAUAAGCUCGCCGCCAAGCGACAGAGCCUGUAUGGCGGUGCCAGUCGCAACCGCCCCGUCUCCACCCAGUCUGCAACCUCGGACUCUGCCGAAGCCCCUCCCCCUCCCCCACCAGUCCCAACCCCCAGCGGGCUCCGUGAACUCCGUUUAGGAAGUGGACAGGCGCGCCCCGCGUCAAUGGCCCUCCGUAUUGCGCCCGACGGCACCCUCAAGUCGCCCCGUGGCGACAAGACAUUGAAGUCUCCACGCUCGCCGUCGCGCCCAAAGCAGCCCACGCUCGGAAGCGACUUGUUUGACCCAACAACGACUACUACCAGCGGCGGCGACUCUCCUACAGACUCAUCACCGCGCUCGCCCAGUGGCGCACCGGCAAGCCUGCUGUUGCCCAUCGCCUCGGGCUCGCGUUCGGGAUCCCUCGAUGCGACGGCCUCGAGCGCCACGGUAGAGGCGGCGGUGGCUGCUGCGUACGCUUCCUCGGCAGCAGACGCACAGGCCUCUAGGGAUGAGGCGGAUCAGUUGCGUGCGCAGCUCGAGCGUCUCACAGUCCAGUUGACCGAAAGCGAGGAGGCGCGCGACGCAUCCGAGUCCAUGGUGCGAGCACUACGCGAGUUUAUCGCGUCGGAUCCCGGUGACGCUGCCGGUGGACCUGGAUCGGCGUCGAUAAGUCUCCCGCCACUCCCAACUGAGGAUCUCGACGAUGAUGAUGAGGACGAGGAGCAAGAACCUGCACCAAAGCCAGCUCCAGCAGCCAGCAAGUGGGGUUUUAGUAUGUGGAGUGGCAGCGGCGCGGCUGCAACUCCCAGCAACGUACCCGCGCCUGCACCGGCUCGCCGCCGCUCCUCGGCAGCUGCAGCUGCAGCUGACAUUUACACGACCCCCUUGUCGCCCCGUAUCGCCGUUACACCGCCCGACUCGCCGCCCCAGACCAGGCAGGCGGCGCAGCCAGCCGAGCCCCCCGCCCCCGCCCCGGUCCGCAGUGGCUUCAUGUCAGGAUGGACAAAGCAGGCUGCUGCGGCAGCUCCUCCCCCGACCACUGUCGUGCCCCUCGAGUCGUCUGCCGACCUCGACCCCGACCAGCCCAUCGGUGGUGCAGCCAACGCCGGUCUCGGCCGCAGCCUCACCUCCUUCUUUGCCCGUCGCGCCCGCUCAAGCUCGCGCUCAUCGACGUCUGCCCCGGCCCCCAUCGCUGAGGUUGAGCCGAUUUCCGAGCUUGCGUCCAUGCCCGAGGAGUUUCCCGUCAUCGCACCGGUGACGCCCAUGGCUGCUGACAAUGUGACCAUGAUGACUUCACCGGAGCAGCUCGCCGACACUGCCUACUCUGGCAUCACAGACGACGCGUACGGCGGCAUGACGGACGCGGCAUACGACGGUCUCGAGGACACUGCCUAUGGUGGUCUCCAGCUCGAGUCGGUGCCUGCUCGCAGGCAGCCGCAGCUUGUGGCCCGCGCCGUGGCUGAGACCCCCGUCAUUGAGCUCGCCGACCCACCCAAGAAGGUCGAGCAGGUCGAAGCCAGCCCCAGGCCCUCGGUCGAGCAGCCCAUCCGCCGGUACACGUUGAGCGACGGGCCGUCGCCCUCUUCGCACAGGGACGAGAUGGUCGACGAGCCCAUGGAGGUUGUGGCCGACGCCAAGGACCUCGCUCCCAUCGUCACCUCGUCCCUCCGUGCGUCGCGGUCUUCGUCGCUGUCGGGAUCGCCCGUCCCCGGCAUCUCGCCCCGCUCGCCCGCCCGCUCCGCCACGACCCCCGUCACGCCCAACCACGUCGCUGGCGCGUCGCCAACCGUGACCGUCUCGCCGCCGGACGCGAUCCCCUCCCCACGCUCGCUCGUCGCCGGCUCCCCCGUGUCCAUCCACUCGCCCCACUCGCCCUACUCGCCCAACCCAGCCUCGCCCGCCAGCGUGCCCCUCCCGCGCUCCCCGCUCGUCCACCCGCGCUCCCCAGCCGCAAGCGACCGCGAGCAGCCCGGAUCCCCCGAAACGGCCCACUCGGACGAGCCCGAGACGCCCCGCGACUCGCCCAGCCCAGCCCUCGCCCACGCCGAGACUGCCGGUGAUGGCACCGCAGACGACAAGCCCGUCUACAAGCCCCACUCGCCCGCACCGCCCAAGCCGGCGCGCGCGCCGCAGCGUAACAACGCGUCGAGGCGCGGCCGCGGAGCAAGGAGCGGCGGAGGCGGCGGCGGCGGUGGUGGCCGCAACUAUGUGUAG